AUGACGCCUGAUCUUAACUUGACAGUCAUUCACUGGGAUCAGUCCUCCCGAUUUGAUAUAGAGCUUCCUGCUCUAGCAGAACCCGCUGUUAAGAAAAUAUGCAAGCGGCUUUGGCUGUCCAGACUUCGGCUUAGUUCCGGAAAAGCGAGUCGUUGGUCUGUACAGGAGAAUCAAAAUCUUCCGGAUUGCAUGCAGUCAGUCGUGGGUGGUUAUGGGAACCCCGUUGUGAUUACUGUCCAACCUGAAGCGGUGGAAACUCAGGAAGACACAGAUAAGGAUUGGCACAGUCAGUUGCUUGAUAUACCAGACUAUACAACAUUCGCGUUGUCGUGUCUCUGUCCGUUCAUAAUGUCCGGCAGCGUGGGACAGGAAGUGGGCAGAUCCUUCACUCUUUGCUGCCUCGCGUCAUUCUGUUCGUUGAUCACACUGCAAAUACCCUGUCACUGGGUAGUGGGCUGUAUGUUGCGCCGGUCCGUUCGAAAACGCUACCACAUUCGAGGAAAUGAGUGCUACGACUGGUGUACCUACUGCUGUUGUUACGCCUGUGUGCUGAACCAGGCGGCUCUACAAGCUGAGUACGAAAAGGCCAAACUGAAGCCUCAAGACAACGCAACUGCCUCCUCUGUUCGGCUCAAUCAUAGGGAAUAUAGGAUGACAUCGCCGCCUGUGACGGACCCACUGAAAAUCACGGUACCUGUUUAUACUGCGCAGUCGAUACCUCCAGUUCCUCAGCCACCGCUCGCCAUCUCCCCACCAGCUUUUCCAAGCUUGUCGUCGCCGCCUUCUCUUUCGCCUACCGAAUCGUUAGACGUCCACUGGUCGACGGUACCGCGUAAAUCACCUCAAACAUCCCGAAAUAUUGAUGUUCCCUACUCAGCAUCAAUGAUUGAGCCGAUGACUCAGACGUCCCAUUCGCUCCAAUCCAACACAAUGACGGACCGCGAUAUGGUGGAACCAUGCCGGUGGAUAAUUGGUUCGUCUGUGUCCGACGGCACGUGA